UAAACCUGAACCGAUAAAAUCCCCAAUUUCAGUGCAAUGUUACAGGUGAUGUGUAUAUUUAUAAUAUAUUUUACCUGAAUGUGAAUGAUUAUCUUGGAUGUGUGUUUGGGGAUUAUUAUAAAUCUGAAUGGAUACUACAUCGAUCGAGUUCAGUAUAGAUAUGUUCAGUAUAAACUUUGUGGUGAACAUUUAAGUACUUAUAAAUGGCAGAUCCUGACAAUGGAAAUGCAUCUACAGAAGACACAGAAGCCGAUGAGCUCUUACACGGACCACCAGGUAAUCACUUGAACCGACUUUGCAACAGUCAGCCCGAUUCAAAUCCGGAACCGACGUUUCUUCUUACACAACACGAGAGAAGCGAUCAGCUGGACGUUGAAACUGGAACAAGUUGUGCUGAACUUUCCGGAGUGAAGGCGUAUACAAACCUCAUAGUUUUGACCAUUGCUUUAACAUUAAAUUUUACCGCUUUUAACUCGUUCCAGGCAUUGCAAAGUUCAUUGAAUAUUGCUGAAGGAUUAGGAACUACAGGUCUAUCAGUUCUAUAUGCAACGAUGGUGCUCACAAGUUUAUUCUUUGCCCAGUUGACACUUGUACGAUUUAGCAAUAAAUGGAUUAUGGUCAUAUCCAGCCUGUCAUAUACUGCGUUUAUGGCUACCGGUUUUUACCCGGCAUGGUCAACAGUUAUUCCGGCGUCCCUGCUGAUUGGAUUUGGUGCGGCUCAUCUCUGGCCGUCCCAGCAAAACUACCUGACCGACCUUGCUACUUCUUAUGCUGCCUUUAAACACAAAAACGUCAAACAGAUGGUUCAUCUUUUCACCGGGAUAUAUUUUGGAAUUUUCUACACUAGUUUUAUUUGGGGCAACAUAUUUGCGUCGCAGGUCUUCAGACGAGAAACUGAAAAUAUAACGUCAGCGUUACCUUUCUGUGGAUCCGAGUUUUGUUCGUUUGAACCUCAAGCGGUCGAUGAUAUUCAAUUACCUAACGCAGCAAAGAUAAACAUUUACACGUGUUUCUGUGUUGGGACAUCACUUCUUGGUGCUCUUUGUCUUUGCUUUCUUUCGAAUCUUUCAACUGUGACAGGUUGCAGUAAAAAUGUACGAACGAAUAUAUUGACGGUUUGUGUGCUUAUGGUGAAGUCUAGGGACCAGAAUCUUUUGAUUAUUCCGUCACUUACAGCAGGGAUUACACUAAGCCUCAUGAUGGGGGACUUUACAGCUGCGUUCGUAAGCUGUCCUUAUGGUGUACAAAAUGUUGGACUGGUGGUCAUCACAUUUGGAGUUAACAUGACACUUUGGACAUUCACGAUUGGAAAAGUAUCCAAGUUCACGGGACUGUACAUGUUUAUCUGUUUAUCCUUCCUUAUUUCCCUGGCGGUGAUGGUUAGUUUGCUUCUAUGGCAACCGAGCAGAGAGGGUCUUCCUAUCGUCUUCGUUCUUGCUGGUUUGUACGGUCUGGCUUCGGCGGGGAACGAACCGUUAUUGAUAAUGUUACACAGUACCCUGUUCAAAGAUUCUACGACAGCGGCUCUGUCCAGCUAUCGCGCUAUGUCAUCGCUUGGUUGGGCCGUCUCCUUUGGUUAUAGCAACUGGUUGUGCAUGAGGCACAAGCUAUAUAUUGUUAUCACCAUGUUGUCUUUGUCCUAUCUAUGCCUAAGUGUCCUGUUCUUGAGACACAGAACUAUGGCUAAUGUGUGUAGAAAAUUGACAUGUACGAGUUUAAAAAGAACAGAUGAAAGAGAUGAUAUAGACACAUGAAGAAAACAGUGACAAUGUCUCUGUCAGAUUGUUGUUUGAACUUGAUCGUUAAAAGGUUUUAUUUUAGAUGAUAGUUUGUGUAUGACUAAGAAACAAAUACGAGACACCCAUUGGCUAUUCCCGUGUUUAGGAGAAUUCGAUUUAAAUUCCGACGAUACAUAAAUUUUACAUUGAAUUUUCUUUUACCAUUUUUAAAGCUAUAGCAUGUUGGAAUUUAUUUGAAUGUUAACACUAAUGUGUACUAUGAGAAUAUAUCAGCAAGAGUUCCCGCAAACGACAGAAAUGCAAACGAUAGUUAAAGUUUAUAGCAAUAAACUCUCGUCGAAAAUACAUUUGAAAAAUUACAUAGCUAUUCAGAAGCAAAGUGAUAAGGCCCAACAUACAAAGCACGCCACAGAAGCACAGACCGACCACAUAUUUGACAAAACACCUUAAUUGAUAAAUGUUGGGGUUACAGCCUUCGAACGGUCAGCGGAGCCGGACUUCACUGGCGAUUUAAACUAUUUUAUGAUGAUCUAAAUUUAACACUUAUCCUCAAUAAUCACCAAGCUUUAAUACCGAUCACUCCGAAUACAAAUGAAGAUGUCACAUAAAAACUAAUUGAAAAAUAACUUUUCGAUUCUAGUCUUAUUGUAAGGGUUCAUUAAUAGUAUUGGUCUAUAUAAAACAUGACCAUUGCCAACGUUCCACUGUACUUCAGUGGCAUUCUAUUUUUUUCGAUCCAAAGUUCAAAGAACCGGAAGGACCAAUACUAAUAUUAAUAUCGGAACAUAACUCAUUGAGCUGAUAUUUUCUUUUACGAUAUACGCGACUUCUGAUAAAUAUUGUUGUAUAUUGUAUGUUGCAAUGACAUAAUUACACUAUGUACUAUGUACUGUACCAUUUAAGGUGUAGGUAACUAAAUUGAUUACAAUUCUCUUUGCAGCACUGAAAAAAUCGUUAUUUAAUGGAGAGUUUGUCUUAUGUAAUUUGGUUAGUUUGAUCACAUACAACUCGGUUAUAUUUGGGUAUAUCCUACGUAUUAAGACCUUUUAUUUCCAUUCGUUCCCUGGGCGUUUAACACUUACUUACACGUUGACAGUAAGUGUUUUUCGAAUAUAUUCAUCAACCUGUAACCAUUUGUAUAUUUUCUGUACAAAAGAUCCGUCGGAGGCAAUAAUGAACAUACACUAAAAUGUUCUAUUUCCUAAACUCACAUAAAACACAAUGUUAUUUGACUUGGUAUCGUCAAUUUUGAAAUACAAGUAAAGAGUCUCACAUUUUCUUUUUAACUGCUCUUGUUUUUUCUUGAAUAUCAAUUCGUUCAUUCCUUUCUUCAAAAUCCGUUAAACGUUUAAAACGGUCCAUUUCUAAGUCACUUAUGAUUUGCUCGUUUUUUAUGGAGUCUAAUUUCAAAGUCACAACUUCCUGUUUUAAUGUUGCGUUAAACGGGGUUUUUGUUUCCUCAAGUGAAUGUAUAGUUUGAUAAGAUUUACCAUUUACGUUAUUACUUUAUUCGGGAUAUUGUUGGGAUAAGAGUGAGGUUGUGCAAACGAACUGGUUUAAACCCCCAGUAUAUUUACAUUUUACUGACCGUUCUAUGGCGGUACAUAACAAUCUUUGAUAAACAGUUUUUAUAUAGUAUAUAUGUGCUGUGAUGUUUUGUGGAGUUUUGUGCUGUUGUUCCAUAUUUCUGGUUUGUGAUUGUUUGUUGUUAUGUCAUAUGUCAAUGUUUAGUUUUUCCAGCCUGACUUCGGUCAUGUCGUGAGAAAAUAUAUUUUAAAUAGAAAAAUAGUCAAAACCAUUUCUUGUUCAAUGUACAUGAUAUAUCAAAAGUACGCUGUCGGUCAUGUAUUCACACAUCUGGUUUGGACUAUUAUGGCCAAAACAUUUCUCUUGAAAUAAAUCUAAACAAACUUUUUGUGAAGUAGUAUUUCAUAAUGAUAGUUUGUUGUUGAACAUGAGAAAUAACUAAAUCUAUUUAAUGAACUUGCUCAAAUUACUUUUCCAAAUCCUAUAGACAGAAGGUUUAGUACAUUCGCCGCAGAUAAUUCUGGAAGAAAGAAAUACAGAAGUUAGGUACAGACAUAUGCAAUAUAAAUUCACAUUCUGAAUCAUGCAUGUUUAACAGAUGACUGAAAUUAUAUAAACUUUAAGGCACAUUUUAUUUAUAUAAUCAUCAUAUUAAAUUAAAACAGCGUU